AUUGGUUUCUAUUCUUAUGAAUUAUCUCUUUAUAUGUCUAGGAAAUGAAAUCUUUACCAGAGAAACUUGCUGUAAAGAUUUUUUUCCCCAGUUAAUUGUUCCCUUAAAUGCUUGAUGAGGGACUAUAUGCCAUUUGAACCUAUCAUCAGAAUGUUGGCUGUCUGAAAUUGAACAUUUCCAGAGAGAGUCAGUCAGUCAACAAUCAACAAGCAUUUAUUAAGCACUUCUGGUAUUUCAACCACUUGAAAUAAAAAGAGAAGUAGGAAGAAAGGCAGUUGAUGCUCUCAAGGAGUAUAUAUUCUAAUGGAAGAAGAAAACACAUCAAAGGAAGCUGAAAAGGAAAGACAAAGGCUUUCUCCACACACAAUGUUCUGUGUGACAGAUGCAUUAGUGCUGAUUAAAUUUGAAUCCUAGAAGUAUUGAUAUAUGAGGAAAUAAUUAAUAGGUCUCCUAUGGAAAAAAAAAACACCCAUGUCUGCCUUAUAUUGGUUUUUCUGUUUGUUUUUUUGUGUUAAAUGAUUCAUUCUAUUCUUUAUUAUAGCACUUGCUAGCCUAUUCUGUAUGGAGGUGAAACUCAACAAUCAGUAGCUUCCAGAGGAGGAAACUCCACUGGGGUGGGGGGGGACAGGUGAGUGGGUUCCCCCACCCCCAACAUGUUCUCCUCUCAAAAUGCCUGCUUUAUUCCCACCUCUUUCUUGCUGACGGGCAUCCCUGGGUUGGAGUCCAUGCACAUCUGGCUGUCCAUCCCCUUUGGUUCCAUGUAUUUGGUAGCUGUGGUGGGGAAUGUGACCAUCCUGGCAGUGGUGAAAGUGGAACGCAGUCUACACCAGCCCAUGUACCUCUUCCUGUGCAUGUUGGCUGUCAUUGAUCUGGUCCUGUCCACUUCUACCAUGCCCAAGCUGUUGGGCAUCUUCUGGUUUGAUGCUGGUGAUAUUGGACUGGAUGCUUGCUUGGCCCAGAUGUUUCUCAUUCACUGCUUUGCAACUGUUGAGUCAGGGAUCUUCUUGGCCAUGGCUUUUGACCGCUAUGUGGCCAUCUGUGAUCCUCUGCGCCACACCACAGUGCUUAACCAUGGUAUGGUGGGCCGCAUGGGACUGGCUGCCCUUUUGCGGGGGGUGCUCUACAUCAGCCCCCUGCCUCUGAUGAUCCGUCUGAGACUCCCUCAUUACCGAACCCAGAUUAUUGCUCAUUCCUACUGUGAGCAUAUGGCAGUGGUGACUCUGGCAUGUGGUGACACAAAAGUCAACAACCUUUAUGGCUUGAGUAUUGGCUUCCUUGUUCUGACCCUGGACUCACUGGCCAUUGCAGCCUCCUAUGUGAUGAUUUUCCGGGCUGUGCUAGGACUGGCCACCCCAGAGGCCAGGCUCAAGACCUUGGGGACUUGUGGGUCCCAUAUCUGUGCCAUAUUGAUCUUCUACAUCCCCAUUGUAGUCUCUUCUCUCAUCCAUCGCUUUGGUCAUCAUGUACCCCCCCAUAUUCACAUCUUGCUGGCCAGCUUCUACCUCCUCAUCCCACCCAUCCUCAACCCCAUUGUCUAUGCUGUCCGUACCAAGCAAAUCCGUGAGAGGCUUCUCCGAAUCCUGAAGACAGGAGCUCAUUCCAGGUGA